AUGGCUGACGAGCCAAAUCUAAACCCACUCGAAGGGUUUCCGUCAUUCGAACCCGUAUAUAACAGCGACGAGAUCGAACACCUGAACGGCGAAGAAGACAGGGCUUGGAAAGAAGCAUUCCGACAUGAAUGGACGACAAAGGGUCACCAAGUGGUCCCACACGAGAAACCCGAGUGGGUGUAUUGGGCAAGCCGACUUUGCACUCAGAAGAUGAUCAAAAGACUAUACAAUCAUCAGAUUGGCAAGGCUGGUAGAGACGACAGCUGGGGUAACAUCGCUGCAGUCGUAACAAAUCCCGUUGGACUAGAGACACUAUCCUUCAAAUGGCCUCGAUUGGGCAAAACGAGCCCAGCUACAAUUUCCACAGGCGGAUAUUUUUAA